AGCAGGGGAAGAGAAAGCGUAGGCAGAGGUGUAGGAUCUCACAAUCGAAGAAGGUCACUUCAACAAUUGUAUAUCGCUUGCAAGAGGAACAAAACAACAGGCCAGCGCCUCAAUAGCAGCUGGUCACCCCUAGGAAAUCUCCAACCUCCAAGGAGAAUCGAGAGGGGAUGCCGCGGAGGCGAGGAAACUGCCCGUUUGUCAGCAGUCCUGCUUCGGGGUCGCUGUGGUCGAUAUUACGGUGCAGUCCGACAUCAAGCCAUUUACGAGCUCCACAGCUCAGAGCAGAGCGGAGAGUCGCCUAAACAGGCAAGGGCAAACUAGCAUUCACCAACCGAGGCGGAUUCCAGCCGAAAAAAAGCUCUACCAGAGGCUAAAUAGAGCCAAUAAUUAACGAUCAUCAGAGGAUCAAUCGAGUCGAUCUGUGGGACGACAAGAGAGACCGAAGGGUAUAGAAUAUACACUCAAGGAAGGCCAAAUACUGAGAAUUUUAGGUGCGAAUUAAAGACUGACAGCCAGAGAGUCGUGGUUAAAUCGAGUCGAAACAAGUAACUUCAAAUCAACGGGGAAGACAACAGCUGUUACCGAGGGGACCCCAGGAAGCUACUGUGUUGAGACCGAAUCCUCAAUAUGAAGCUACUCGAGAACUCCAGCUUUGAGGCAAUCAACUCGCAACUCUGCAUUGAAACAGGGGACUCUAAUAUCAUUGGCAGGAUUGAGAGUUAUUCCUGCAAGAUGGCUGGUGAUGACAAACACAUGUUUAAGCAAUUCUGUCAAGAAGGCCAGCCACAUGUCCUGGAGGCCCUGUCUCCUCCACAGAGUGGUGCUGUAAGUCCAGGCAGGCUCAGCAGAAGUCAGAGUGGUGAUGAAGUAGAGAGUCCUCUCAGUGAUAAAUGUUGCCGGAAGACCCUUUUCUACCUGAUUGCUACUCUUAAUGAAUCCUUCCGCCCUGACUAUGACUUCAGUGCUGCAAAGAGUCAUGAAUUUAGUAGAGAGCCAAGUCUCAACUGGGUCCUAAAUGCAGUGAACAGCAGUUUAUUCUCAGCUAUAGGAGAGAAGUUUAACAACCUGAAACCAGAGCUCUGGACAGCUGUUGACCAAGAAAUCUGCUUGCAAGAUUGUGACAUCUACAGUUAUAACCCUGAUCUAGACUCUGACCCUUUUGGAGAAGAAGGAAGCCUCUGGUCUUUUAACUAUUUUUUCUACAACAAGAAGCUCAAAAGAAUAGUCUUCUUUACGUGUCGUUCUGUCAGUUUUCUGAGUGGAUAUGGUCGUAAUGAACUAGACAAUGAGCUAGAUAUGGAGCUUGGAGAUGCAAUGGAUGAGGAUGAGGAGGAUCUGGACAAUUUUGAAGAGGACAGGUAUCAGCAAGCCGUGUGUGUCUAACUCAAUGGCUCCAUCCUUCUACUGUGAAGGGAAUGCAGUGGGGAGUAUUUUUUUUUUUUUUGCAACAAGGGCAGAACAUGUCUUUUUUUCUUUUUCUUUCUGCCACUCUUCUGAAUCUCAGGCAUAUCUGUUCCAUAGCAUUCUUGCUUUACCUUGGGCUGAAUCUUUUGCAGACACGCUAUGAAUGUUUUGAUUUAUCAGGAUAUGGUGAUUCGUGAUCUCCUUUGUUUUGCAUGAAUUUGUGGAAACAGCUUUUUGGAAAUGAGUCUGGAAUUGCUUUGAACUGGAUAUGGAUCCCUGUCCUCUUAUUACAGCAUUUCUUUUGCUCUGAUAUAUAUAUAUAUAUAUAUAUUUUUUUGUCCUUCUCUGCUGGCCAUCCAGACUGGGACUGCUGGUGUUUGACCCUCCAUAUGCUGUAGUCUUGAAGAAGAGAGACACCGAACCAAAGAAGCAAGGCCAUGCUUCUCCUCUCCAGUGUGCUGGGUACCUCUGUUGCUGAGGGGAAACAUGUUCAGACUAUUCAUUUUUUUCCCCCUUGCAUCAUGAAUUCUCCAGAUGAGACAGGAGAUAAAUGUGUUUGUAUUUGUAUAUUAGAGACAGUACUAUUAGGUGGUUUUUGGAUUAGUUGAGUUAAAUACUGAGGGCUUACAGUUUGUCCUAUUUAAAGAUCCUUUUCAUGUAGAGAAAAGCAUUCAUUUGUGCAUGUAUGUAAAAAUAUUCCACUGACGUAUUGGAUAUUUCAAAAGAGGAUUAUUCUGGUUUCUGAACACAUUCUCAGCUUGCACUGACACUCCAUGAUGCUCAUUCUGAUGACAAAUAUCCAUCUUUGAGCAGAUUAAAAAAAACUAACUGAUUUCUAAUCUGCUGAUGUUCUACUACAGCCGCUGGCAACUAGAGCAGUGUUAAAUGUUGGGCUCUUUGGUCUUCCACGAAGGCAAACUAGAGACUACUUCUGUUAAAUGAUCAUGGUGGCAUUUUCUUUCCCUGUUUUUUUUAAAAUAUUUAAUCUUUUCCUUUCCUCUUUGCCUAAGCAAACUGCUGUUGGCACCAGCACUGCACUGAUAUUUUUUUCUGUUUUUAAAAAGUUAUGUAAUGUAUUGAUGCAUUUAAGCGAAAGACAGAGUAGAUAUCUUUUAUCUUUUUCCUUCACUCUGUCUAUAUGAUAUAUAUAUAUAUAUAUUCGUAUAUAUGUAUAAAUAUACAUACUUUUAAGUGUUCAAGAUUUUUUCUGACCUGUCCCUGUGUUCAGCUGUGUUUCUAGUGAAUUGGAAUUGUAACAGCCUUGCAGACAUACAUAAUGUGGUUUUGAAUAGCCUAGUGGUAUCGGCUUGAGCUUCAAUACAAGUCUUUGCAGAUUUUGUAAUUGCUUACUGAGAUGUUUCAUGUCUCUGAGACUGGCUGAGGGGUAACUGGACUUUGCUAGGACUCAUCCUCCAAGGAUUAUGAUUCUUGCAUAUGCUGAAAGUCUGGAGCAGAACUCUGUCCUCGUCACCAGUUUGGCCUUGUUAAUUAUAACUGCUGUUGUAGGCCUGUACAAUGUUAUUUCAUGAUCCUUGAUAUUAUAUCUAUAUAUAUAUCUAUAUAUAUAUAUAUAUAUAUAUAUAUAUAUAUAUAUAUAUAUAUAUAUAUAUAUAUAUAUAUAUAUAUAUAUAUAUAGAUAUCUAUAUAUAUAUCUAUCAGGGGUGGGCAGUGUCAUUCCUGGAGGGCUGCAGUGGCUGCGGGUUUUUGUUCCAACCCAGUUGCUUAAUUAGAAAAUAAUCCUUGCCAAUAAUUACAUUUCAUGGCUUAUUAGUGCUUUAACUCUGCUAUGUCAAGUCAUUCUCAUAUCCUAGAUUUAUUUUCCAUUCUAAGGAUAUCAUCCAAAUACUUUGAAUUGUAAAAUGGAUGGGUAAUUCUCAAUCCUUCACUUUUUUUCUCUUCUCUUUCCUUCCAAGUAUUUAAUUAAACCAAAUAGUGCAUGAUAAAUACACACAGGUGUAAAGGGUAACAAGCAAAAUGGAUAACUGCUGGUUUCUUUUGUCAUUUGCAUCUUAUUGCUAAUAAGGAGCAAUUAAAAACCGAGAAUACAGCUGUUUAAGACUUAAAUAAGCAAUAAGGGUUCAAAAUCUUAAUGAGGGAGACAACUAAAAUGAAGCAGAAGUGUUUCUAGAACAAUAAGUGCUUCUUAUUAAGCAAUUGGGUUGGAACAAAAACCUGCAGCCACUGCGGCCCUCCAGGAAUGACUUUGCCCACCCCUGAUAGAUUAUAUAUAUAUAUAUAUAUAUAUAUAUAAUCAAUUUCCUUUUAAGUGAAUUCUGUACCAGCUAUCAGACAGAUUAUAUCAUGCUAAGGCUUUUAAUGAUGUUAACCUGCUCGAGGGAUCAACAUCAGAACAGUCAAGUGUAGCAGUAAAGCCUUGCUUCCUGUCUGUAAUGUUUUGAGUAUUGUUUUAUUUUUACACCUAAAAUACUUUUUAUAAUGUAGUUUCCUGCAUUUUACCUGUUUUGUAUAACCCCAUAGGAAGAAUAUUUGGAGUGAUUUAUUUUUAAUAGGCAAUGUUCUUUUACACAUGGUACAUGAAUAAACUUCCAAUUAUUUA